GUGACCCUUACUCCGACCAGACACAUCGACAACUCUACGAAGUGUUCUCGCCAACGCCUCCACUGCUGGGGAUCGAGGAGGGGGACAGCGAGGGAUUCCAGACAAAACGAAAGGUGCGGAUGGACUCCGGAUUGCCAGAAAGUGGGAAAGAAGGAGGGGAGGUCGAAGGUGGAGAUCGGGGAUGGGUUCAUUUAGGACGGGGGAAGGGGAUGAGUUCCGGGAGCACCACCGCCGGAUCGUGCUGGAAGGUUCGGAUCCCGUCGAGAUCGACGUCGUCCGUGGGAAAAAGGUUAUCUCCGUGGGGCAUGAGCCAACGAUUCCACUUCGCCACCAACUGCUGCGCCCAGAGUCGGAGCGACGUCUUGAUGGUUGUAUGCCGCAGCGGGCUGAUGCUACUGAUGUCGCCACUGAAGGCGAACACCGUAGACACGUGGCUGAUUCCGGGAGCCGACCGCCGAUGAACUGCUACGGCCUUCGCCAACACAACCACCCAGGAACUGCCUGCAAAGCGAAAUUCAGCGGCUGCGUACACUCCUCAAGUACAGAAGAAUUGCGCAAGUCGCCGAAGGUCCGGAUUGAGCCGCAGAUGGUGAACUUGUCGGAUCUCCGAGAUGUGAGACCGCAGCACCAGCAGGGGAUCGCCGAGAGCUCACUCUGUAAGAAAACUCAUGGCGAUGGCGAUGAGGACGGAGUACCGGAAGGAGAACGAGAAGGAGACGCAGAGACAGGCGAUAAGCAGUCAUCAUCCUCUUCCGCAGCGGAGGAGGAAUCGGAUGAAGGCGAAGAUGGGGAAGGGGGAAGGGGACGAAGGUAGGACACGUGGCGGAUGAUCGGUCGAGCCAAUCGGCUGCCGGAGACCUCAAGCACAAGCCGCA